GCUGCCCCUGUUGUGUUGUGUGCGUGUGGCGGUGUGUUUGUGUUGGUGUUGGAGUCUCGUGUCUCUGCAGUGCAGUGGUUGAAGUGGUGAUCAAACAUCGAACGCUUUCGGAAGCUCAUGGCACUGGGAAGAAGCUUCAACAUGUCAGCCAAGUCGGCACUGCUGUCGUACUGUGUGUGGAAUUUGUCCAAAGCUCAAAGCGGAAUGUCCGUUUCCAGCGCUCAAAGCAGGUCCGUCAGGCGGAUCAUCGCCUACAGUCUGCUGCGACGCGAGCUGCUGCGCCGCAAGUUGAAGCGUCUGCAGCAACGCCGGCUGUCCAGGGCGGCCUCCACGCCGCACCAGCACCGCCACCGUGAGGACCUCCAGCAGGACCUCCAGCAGGACCUCCACGAGGACCUCCACGAGGACCUCCACGAGGACCUCCACGAGGACCUCGAGGACGAGGAGGUCGUGUCGGCCGAGACCGUCGACAAGGAGCAGCAGACCGAGGAGAGCGACACCUUGAGCGAGGCGGGCGACGACAUGGAAAUGCUGCGCCUUCUGCUCACCGAGAAGGAGCCCGACUCCAUCACUUACUUCGGUUUGUUCCUCGCUGCCAAGCUGCGAGAGAUGGAACCCCUCCACCGGAACCUGGCCAUGGGAGAAAUACUGCAAGUGGUGAACAGCUUUUCCGUCUCAGCGUCCAAUGAAAAUGUCUAUCUUGGUGCUUCACCGAUGCCUGUCGAGAAUGAUUCUCAAAAUGAAUCGGAAAAUGCUGGCCAAGACAGUGGUCACCCUGAUGUUUCUCAUGAUUCGCUUGAAGAGGCUCUCGCAAGGGCUUUUCCAGAUGAGCAAGUAGACACCACUCACGAUGCAUCCCGUGAUGACCUUGAAGUCAAUUCUCCAGGUGACCUUCAAGAGGCUCGACAAGAUGACCUACAAGGCGAUUCUCUUAAUGUUCUUCCAGACGCUGCCCCUGAUGUUGUCAUCAAAGUAGCUCCUCAAGAUUCCCUGCAAGACUCUUUGCAUGAAUCAUCCCAAGAUGAUUCUCAGUGUGCUUCCCUGGGUGAUUACCUUGACUCAUUCCACAAUGCUACUCAAGGUGCUCGUGACCUGUGAGUGUUUCUGUCCUUUUUUUGUUUAUGUCUAUCGCUGGUUGUUGAUUGUUCGACAUCUUACAGAUUGAGGUAAGGUUUGACUGAAAUUGUCAUCUUUCAUGAUGUGUAUUGAUCAAAAAAAGAUCAAUAUUUCAAAAUUUUAUUAUCUUA